UAUGUUCCCUUCCAAAUCAACCAAAACAUUGUUUUGUAAUAACCCGAUCUAAUGAACUCCAACCCGAAAUUUUACUUAAAGAAACAUCGAGGAUGUCACCAUUGAUAUCUUAUUACAGGUAGAUGAAGAUGUUUAAUUAGCUAUCAUUUAGUGUCCUUACCUAAUGCUCAUUAGAUAUAUAAUAUACCCUACGAGAUCUAUAAAAUCUUCAUUUUUGUGAAUACUAGAAUGGUUUAAACAGCGAUGGGGAAGACAGCGAAAUGGUUGAAAAGCUUGUUGACUGGUAAGAAAGACAAAAGUAGAAACAUAAGUAAUAAUCAGAAUUCUUCAGUUGUCCCUGAGAAUCCAACGACGACCGUUUCGAUCCCACUGCCACCGACAACUCCUAAAGAGAAACGACGAUGGAGUUUCCGGAGAUCUUCGGCUUCAGCGACGCCUGUUAGGGAGUUGAAUUCUGUAGAACAAGUAGUUACCCCUUCACCUCCACCACCACCGGCUCCGCCGGUUGUGACGGAUGUGAUCCGGGUAAGUGGUAGUGCUGACGAUGAGAAAGUUGAUGCAGGUGAAGAGGCGGCUGCUAAGAUGAUUCAAGCUGUGUUUCGAUCUUACCUGGCAAGGAAAGCUUUGAAAGCGUUGAAAGGGAUAGUGAAGUUACAGGCACUGGUAAGAGGUCACUUGGUGAGAAGACAAGCUAGUGUUACUCUUAAAUGCAUGCAGGCUUUGGUUACCGCACAAGCUCGAGCUCGAGCUCAGAGGAUUCGGAUGGUUGAAGAUUCCAGGCCUGCUAGCCGAAGACAAUCGCCCCAUAGAAGGUCCACAACACCAGAUCAGCGGCUCCGGCAUGGAUAUCAUGAGAUUGAUAGUGGAGUGGAGGAAAACAUUAAGAUUGUAGAGAUAGAUCAUGGUGAUUCAAAGGCAAGUUUGCAGAGUAGAAACAGCUAUUCAAUGGAACACAGAUUCUCAAAUCAUCAGGCAUCACCGGUAACAUCAUCAUAUUUGGCUGAUCAAAUAAGCCCCGGUGCUUGCAGUGGUCAUUUCGAAGACCAUUUUUUCACCGUAGCACAAAGCAGUCCCCAUUAUGCAGAAUCCGAGACAUUUGAGUACUCGUUCUGCCCCAAUUACAUGGCCAACACCGAAUCAUCAAGAGCCAAAGCCAGGUCACAAAGUGCGCCCAAGUCGAGACCGGAUUCGAUCGAGAGACAACCUAGCGGCCGGCGGAGAUCGUCGACUGAAGGCCGGAAUCAUGUCCCAAAGGCAAUGAAAAUGAAGCGGUCGUCUUCACAUGUCGGAGCUGCCGAAAAGAACUCCCAGUACCAGUAUCAGUAUCAGUACCCUUGGUCCAUCAAACUCGAUAGAUCAUCGGUUUCACUUAUAGACAGUGAGUGCGGUUCCACCAGUACGGUAUUGACAAACACCAACUACUGCAGAUCCCAUUUCGGGUACGAUGUAAGAGUAUGAAAUAACACCAAAUGGAAUCUCGAAAAUGAAUUAGCUCGAUUCAACUGAGGGAAAGUAAUCAGGAGCCAAAAAAUGACUUCUAUGACUAAAGUAGAAGUUUUACUGUGAACAAUGACCUGCGAAAAUUGCAGGGACUAGUGAUGUAGUAACAUUGUGUCAAUAGAAAUUCUCUGUUUGAUUUAUUUUCUGAUGAUUAGGUUUUUUAUUUAUGUAUUUGAAAGAUUGUAUUUAUAUACAUUUAUUUAUAUUAAAAUAUAAGUCAGUAUGUUCUUAAUUAGAAUAA